UUUUGUAACAUGGCCUCCUUGAUGUGUUGGGGCAGGAAAGUGGGAAUGUCAGGGAUCUGACAGAGGGGAGAAAGAGAGAGAGGGAUAGUUAUCUCGGGUGUCAGGAAAAGGACAGUCACCUUUCCCUGCACGACAACCGCAGUGAUGAUCUGCACGUGGACCUUGCCCUCGAAGGGAGGCCGGCCUGAACACCACAGCACUAGAAUACGCUGCGCAGAUUGUGCGGACCUGCUGACCUCCAAACAGCUCAGCCAGUACUGAAGCACAGAAGCGCACAGUAUUGAAUAGCGAGAGGUUAUGCAUCAGUGUCUGGCGACAGGUCUGCUUACUUCCUCCCAGGGCCCAGAUGUCAUCCUUCUCAGAGAGCUUCUCCACUGAAACACAGACAGACAGACAGACAGACAGAGAGACAGUGAAGAUCGCCGACAAAUUCGAUUCUCACACUUACACUCAUCCUUCAGAGACUCGGGGGACAUAUAGUUGGGCGUGCCCCCUCCUGCAGCGCACUCAUGAUUGUGGUCAAUUCAGCCUCUCAGCGGUUCUGUGCCUGUCUUCGUGUACCUCCGGCGACUGUAGUUGUCCUCUGGAUGCUGCGCGUCAUACCGAAGUCAGAUAUCUUGAUGGUCAAAUCCUGACCCAACUGAACACGGAAGGGAGAGACGAAGCAGCAAGAAGACGCCCAUAGAGAGCGGCAAAGAACACUGUGUCCUCACCAGAAGGUUUCCAGGCUUCAGGUCCCUGUGCAUGAUGCCAUGAUUGUGAAGAUACUGCAGGCCCUCACAUAUCUGACAAAGACAGACACAGACGACAGGCGGCGGCCGGCGGCGGUCGGCGUCUCCCGUUCGUCCGCUCUGCUGCACCUCUCUGAUGGACUUGUCGCGGACGUUCGGCUUCAGCGGUCGAUUCUUGGCCAGGUAUUUCUCCAGUGACCCGCCCUCACACAACUUUGAUCCACAAAGACAGGCACCUAAGAUGCCCAUUGAUGAAGUCCGAAAGAGGCCGACCUGUGACGAUCACGAGGCCGUAUUUCCUGUGUGUGCAGACGCCCAGAAACUCAACUAUGUUGGAGUGGCGCAGGUGCUGCAUCUCCUGAGCCUCGGCCAGAAUAUCUUCCAUCGCCCCAGCCAUCAGGUCCUAGACGCCACACCAAUGCAGACAGCACACAAUGCAGCCACGGGGGUUCAGCCGCUCACCUCAUCGUCGACGUCUUCCCCUCUGUCCCUAAGGCGGUCGACAUUCAUGAUCUUGACCGCCACGGGCCGCCUCUUCCACAGCCCCUUGUAGACCACCCCGAAGCCCCCGCUCCCUACAUGAUCAUGAGUCAUGACAACACAGCACACAACAAGACGUCGGGAGGGGGGGUGCAAUCGGGCCAUCUGGCGGCUGUUGCGCCGACCGAGGGGCUUGUCAUUCUCAUUGAAUUUCAGGUCCCUCGCCCUGAUCAACAAACGGGGGUUGGCGGCCAU